AUGACCGACGUCAAGCAGAAUCAACAUAUUAGUCCAACCAACUCGCACCCUUGGCCAAGUCUGUCAUGGGUUCUCCGUUCUGUGGCCGUAGCGCUCGUUCUUUCACGUGUCUACCAGCUUCAGACCCAGAAGAGCUACACACUAUGCUCCCAUAACGCGGUUUACACCGUCGACGACAAUACUCCAAUAGCUGAAUGUAUCUCUGUUGAAAAUGGACGCAUCUCUGCCGUCGCGGAUGAAGCCGUACUACUGCAAAACCGGGGUUGGCUUGACCGAAUCUUCGGUUCCAACAUUCACCACAUUCCACCUGGGCAGAUCAUCGUACCUGGGUUGGCUGACGCGCACGCCCACCUGCUCCAGCAAGGCUACAAGAUGCAGCUACAGCUGGAUGGCGCCAACUCAAUUGAGGAAGUGGUCGAACGAAUCAAAGCUUACAUUGUUGCGCAUCCCAAAGUACACCAGGACCCAAAUCGUUGGAUAGAAGGAAUGGGCUGGGACCAAAAUCGGUGGGGCUCGACAUUUCCAACCGCGGAAGACCUCUCACGCGAUCCAGUAUUGAAAGGUCGUCCUAUCUUGUUAUAUCGCGUCGACGUCCAUGCUGCGUGGGUCUCCGAACGUGCUCUAGAGCUCAUGCAACCAUUUCCAAAGGACUCUGAAAUCGAAGGGGGCAGCAUUGUGCGCGAUUCAGACGGAAAUCCUACGGGCAUUUUUCUCGACAACGCCAUGGCCCUUAUACCCAACCCGCCCUGGUCCUCCGAUCAAUACCUCGACUUCUUUAAUGCAGCGGUCUCUGAAGCUCUCAAAUACGGAUUGACGAGUGUGCACGACGCGGCAACAGACCCUGCUUCAGUGGCUUUUCUCAAAGAGCAUAAUGGCCGAAGCCGGAAAUCUCCCUGCAAGCCUACUCCCGCUAUUAGGCUAUACCUUAUGGCGGCGCCGUUUGCGGAAAACUACACUAACUGGGAACCCUCCAAAAUCGAGCGUCUGGAGAGCUACGGCCGACACGGGCGGUUGACCUUGAGAAGUGUCAAGUUAUUCACAGAUGGUGCCAUUGGUUCUUGGGGCGCCGCAUUGCUUGACGCGUAUAGCGACAAACCCGAGACGCGAGGCAUCAUGCGGAGCUCCCCAGAGGCGAUGGAUCAGCUUAUACGUGCUGCUUGGGAUGCAAAACUACAAGUGAAUGUCCAUUGCAUUGGCGAUCGCGCAAACAAGGUUGUCCUGGACGUUUUUGAGAAUAUUCUGGCAGACGGCACCAAUGUUGCCGCUUUCCGGCCACGAAUUGAGCACGCCCAAAUUAUGCAGUCCUCCGACCUUGAACGCAUUGGUCGUCUUGGAGUUAUUGCGAGUGUUCAGCCAACCCACGCUACAAGCGACAUGUCCUAUGCGGAAGCACGACUUGGACCUGAACGCAUAACAGGCGCCUACGCAUAUCAAACCCUUCUGCAGGCUUCGCCCCAGCAUGUUCUGCCUUUGGGUUCAGACUUUCCCGUUGAAGGUGUAAAUCCAUUGCUUGGUUUCUUUGCCGCAGUGACGCGUCUGGAUGUGGAUGGCGACUCGCCGCAUGGACCUGGUGGUUGGUUCCCAAAUGAGCGCCUUACUCGCACCCAGGCCCUCAAAGGGAUGACGCUCGAUGCUGCCUACGCCUCUUUCGCAGAAAAUGAACUCGGCUCUCUGACCAUUUCCAAACGAGCUGACUUUGUAGUGUUGGAUCACGACAUUAUGCGCAUCCCAGCGGCGGAAAUACUAGGAACGAGGGUGGUAGCAACCGUGAUUGACGGGAAAGUAGCAUACGGGAAGCUGACGGCGGCUGAGCCAUGGUGGAGGCGUAUUUUUACGGAGUUGUUUUUCGCGUGGUGA